CGUUUAUACAAGUACUUUUUUGCUACUGUUGUAUAUUUGCUAAAAGUUGUGUGUGAUGGUCGUUCGAUUUACCAGUUGUAUUAAUGUCCUUUUAAAAAUGGCAGUACCACAAUUGACAAUUGACUUGCUAAACAAUGGCAGUGGAGUUAACUACCCAAAGAAAAAUUUAGACAAAUUAGGCAGACGUAUCAAGAAUUGACUUGUAAUAGACAAUAGUUACUGUUUUCAUGACAUCAAUACAUUCAUUUAGUUUAUUAUUGCAGAACAACGAUUGACAAUAGAAAUGUUUAAAUCAAAGUUUUGUAUCACAGAAUUCAUCUGAAAUGAGUGAUGCAAUUACUGUAUGAAUCAGAAUAAAAUGAAAAUAAGAGAUGAUAGUAUUACCUCAAACUUAACAUGCUAAUAUGAUUAUUUUAAAAAUGAAAAACCUAAAAAUAAAUCAAAGUUUUGUAUCACAGAAUUCAUCUGAAAUGAGUGAUGCAAUUACUGUAUGAAUCAGAAUAAAAUGAAAAUAAGAGAUGAUAGUAUUACCUCAAACUUAACAUGCUAAUAUGAUUAUUUUAAAAAUGAAAAACCUAAAAAUAAAUCAAAGUUUUGUAUCACAGUAUUCAUCUGAAAUGAUUGAUGCAAUUGGCGUAUGAAUCAGAAUAAAAUGAAAAUAAGAGAUGAUAGUAUUACCUCGUUCUUAACAUGCUCAUAUGAUUAUUUUAAAAUAAAAACCUAAAAAUAAAUCAAAGUUUUGUAUCACAGUAUUCAUCUGAAAUGAUUGAUGCAAUUGGCGUAUGAAUCAGAAUAAAAUGAAAAUAAGAGAUGAUAGUAUUACCUCGUUCUUAACAUGCUCAUAUGAUUAUUUUAAAAAUAAAAAACCUAAAAAUAAAUCAAAGUUUUGUAUCACAGUAUUCAUCUGAAAUUAUUGAUGCAAUUGGCAUAUGAAUCAGAAUAAAAUGAAAAUAAGAGAUGAUAGUAUUACCUCAUUCUUAACAUGCUCAUAUGAUUAUUUUAAAAAUAAAAAACCUAAAAAUAAAUCAAAAAUUUGUAUCACAGUAUUCAUCUGAAAUUAUUGAUGCAAUUGGCGUAUGAAUCAGAAUAAAAUGAAAAUAAGAGAUGAUAGUAUUACCUCAUUCUUAACAUGCUCAUAUGAUUAUUUUAAAAAUAAAAAACCUAAAAAUAAAUCAAAAAUUUGUAUCACAGUAUUCAUCUGAAAUUAUUGAUGCAAUUGGCGUAUGAAUCAGAAUAAAAUGAAAAUAAGAGAUGAUAGUAUUACCUCAUUCUUAACAUGCUCAUAUGAUUAUUUUAAAAAUAAAAAACCUAAUAAUAAAUCAAAAAUUUGUAUCACAGAAUUCAUCUGAAAUGAGUGAUGCAAUUACUGUAUGAAUCAGAAUAAAAUGAAAAUAAGAGAUGAUAGUAUUACCUCAAACUUAACAUGCUAAUAUGAUUAUUUUAAAAAUGAAAAACCUAAAAAUAAAUCAAAGUUUUGUAUCACAGUAUUCAUCUGAAAUUAUUGAUGCAAUUGGCGUAUGAAUCAGAAUAAAAUGAAAAUAAGAGAUGAUAGUAUUACCUCGUUCUUAACAUGCUCAUAUGAUUAUUUAAAAAAAAAAAACCCAAAAAUAAAUCAAAAAUUUGUAUCACAGUAUUCAUCUGAAAUUAUUGAUGCAAUUGGCGUAUGAAUCAGAAUAAAAUGAAAAUAAGAGAUGAUAGUAUUACCUCGUUCUUAACAUGCUCAUAUGAUUAUUUAAAAAAAAAAAAACCCAAAAAUAAAUCAAAAAUUUGUAUCACAGAAUUCAUCUGAAAUGAGUGAUGCAAUUACUGUAUGAAUCAGUAUAAAAUGAAAAUAAGAGAUGAUAGUAUUACCUCAAACUUAACAUGCUAAUAUGAUUAUUUUAAAAAUAAAAAACCUAAAAAUAAAUCAAAGUUUUGUAUCACAGUAUUCAUCUGAAAUAAUUGAUGCAAUUGGCGUAUGAAUCAGAAUAAAAUGAAAAUAAGAGAUGAUAGUAUUACCUCGUUCUUAACAUGCUCAUAUGAUUAUUUUAAAAAUAAAAAACCUAAAAAUAAAUCAAAGUUUUGUAUCACAGUAUUCAUCUGAAAUAAUUGAUGCAAUUGGCGUAUGAAUCAGAAUAAAAUGAAAAUAAGAGAUGAUAGUAUUACCUCGUUCUUAACAUGCUCAUAUGAUUAUUUUAAAAAUAAAAAACCUAAAAAUAAAUCAAAGUUUUGUAGUUUGAAUUGAGGAAUCCGCCGCAACAUGGCGACACGUAUAUCCAUUAUAGUGUUUGUCACACUUUUGACUUACGUAUGCAAUACAAGUGCCAUUCUAUCUAAACAACUUGACUGUCCAGAAGAUUGCGAUUGCCAUUUCUUCAGAAUUAACUGGGUGACAGACUGUUCGGAAAGUAACUUGACAUCCAUGCCAUAUGAAGGACUCGACAGCAAUGUCUACAUACUUAAUAUGAACGGAAAUCGCCUAAAAGAAAUCGAACCGUUCCCAGCCAAUAUUAAACUUAGGACAUUACAGUUGUCCAAAAACUUUUUAACAAAAAUCCAAAAAACAACGUUUGCUGGACUUCAUUACCUAUUGGAUAUAGAUUUGUCGUCUAACUUGAUCAAUUAUGUUGAUCCUGAAGCAUUUGUGGAAAGCGCUGGAUUAAUUACGUUAGAAUUACAGGGAAAUCCAUUGAAACAAGUCAAAGGUCCAUUUUUAUAUUCCAAGUCUUUGCUGUACCUAUACCUGGCAAAUAGUCAUUUAACAAAAUUGUCACCACAAUUUUUCGCCAAUAUCAGCGGUCUAGACAAACUUGAUAUUUCAGGAAACCCUCUUCAUAUCAUUGAACCAGGCAUAUUUGAUCCUCUUACUAGUUUGAAACAUCUUAUUCUAAAUAACUGUAAUCUUACACACAUAUCGAGCGUAGCAUUUAGUAACCUUGGACACCUUACGGUAUUAGAAUUAACUGGAAAUAGUCUUAAAAGUCAUGUUGACUGGACUUUAAUAUUGGGUAAUUUAGGUAGAUUGGAACAUCUCGAUUUAAGGCAAUCGGGUGUGUCUAAUUUACCAGAAAAUGUUUUUUUCAAUAAUAUUUGGCUAAGAGGUUUAGUGUUGGCUGAAAAUGAAUUAUCUGAUCUUGACGUGGCUACUACUUUAGGUCACAAUUUAGUUCAUUUAGAUUUUCUGGAUCUUAGUUAUUGUCAUUUAAAAGGACCUUUAUCUGAAGAUGCAUUCGCUAAUGCUACGAAAUUGCGUACUCUCAUAUUAUCUGGAAACCAUUUAUCUGCAACAGACUUAGCAGUAGCUUUAUCACCUUUAUUAAAACUAGUGAAACUUUCAUUGAGAGACUGUGGAUUAACAAUGUUGCCUGCUAAUACUUUCCAUAAAUUUACUAGUCUACAAGAAUUGGACAUAUCAAGAAAUCCUUUAAACAAUGAUUUUACAGCACUUUUAUCUCCAUUGGAAUCCUUGGAGCAUUUAGAUAUGGGUUACAGUAACUUACAAAGAAUAUCUAAAACGACUUUCUUAAAAAUGUCCGCUUUAAAAACGCUUAUCCUAUCUGGUAAUAAACUUAAAAGCCUCGAAUCAGGUUCAUUCCAAAAUCUUACGCGUUUAGAAGUAUUAGAGUUGAAUAACUGUGGACUUAGUCGUCUUAAUGAUACAGUAUUCUACGACAACUUUACAUAUCCAAACUUGGAAGAGUUAAGACUUUCAGGAAAUCCUCUUCAAGUUACCGAAGAAGGACCAAUAUUACCACCUCAAUUAUCCGGUUUAAAGAAUUUGGACAUGAGUAAAUGUAACUUGAGUUAUUUACCUGUUGAUGCUUUCACUACAACUCCUAACAUUAGUCAAUUGUUGUUGAACGAUAAUAAAUUAAAGAGUGACGAAGAAGGGUCUAUGAAGUUUUUAGAGUCACUAACUGGGUUGGAACAGUUGGACUUGAGUUUCAAUAAUAUCACAGCAAUUAAACCUAAUAAAUUCGGAUAUAAUAAUCAACUUAUGUCGUUACGACUGGUUGGUAAUCCUUGGAAAUGUGAUUGUUAUGUUGUGGAUAUGUGGGAAUGGGCUGCAUUGUCUAAAGGAAAUGUAGGCGUGUUGGUAGGUUCUACGAAAUCAAUUGCUUCCAAUGUAAACAAUAAAAAAACCAAAGGAUUAGUGUGCAAUUUUGAUCCUAAAAGCACGCCUAUUAAGGAAACUAAACUAAGAAGACCUGGAAUAGAACUCAAAUCUAGUGUACAGCGUACGUGGGCCAGAUAUGUGCGCGAGGCGAAUUGUCCUCACAGUCCUGUGGCUGCAAGACCAGCCAGAAUUGUUACUAGAGAAAUUCACGAGUACCAACCAAUGUUGUCAGAAAUUGAAGACGAAACGCAAAAUAAAUGGUUACCUCUAAUAAGCUUCUGCGCUGUUUUGUUAUUGAUUUCAGCAGUAAUGAUGAGUGUAUUAAUAAAACGUAAAGAAAAUCCAACAAAGAAAGAUAAAGACGUUUCAUGUGAUUAUUCACAAGAAGACAAUGAUGUGGUUCAAUUUAAAGGAACUAAAAAUGUAUCCCGUUGAACCAUCAAAUGACAAACUUGUACUAAACAAACUAAAUUCCAGUUAUUUCAUUUUGUAAAUCUUAAGUGAAUAUUUUCAUAAUUAUUAUAAAUAUAUUUUUUUUUAUUAGUAACCCAUCACAUUUUACCACUUUCUACAUGCCACACAAACAUUAUAAAAAUUAAUAAAUGUAUACUUAGAAUUUUGGAACUUUAUCAUUCUUUGUAUCACGAUUAGAUUAUUAUCCAAUAUUUGUUUUCCUUGCAGAAAAGUUCCGAAUGGUAGUUGGUUGUCAGUGGUGUUGGAUACAGUCAAUCAAAAGCAAUGUUUCUCACUUUAUAUUUCAUUCCUAAUGCAAGGUCAUUCAGUGCAGGGUAAUAGUAAAUUUGCACAUUUUUAAACGAACAGAAGACUAGAUACUAGUCGAGUUUCACUGUUUAUUUUAUUUUUAUUAUUAUUCAGAUUGACUGACCAAAUAUAUAUUGAAUAUUCUAGUUGUUAAGCCUUUUAUAUAUUAAAAAUACAUUUGUUUAAUAAUAAACAUUUUAUCUAUAAAAUAAUUUUAAUUAAUAAAUUAUAAAAUAAAUAAAUAUAAAUUAUAUAACUAAAUUAUGAAUAAAAUUAAUUUUUAAUUUUUAAUUUUUUUUUUUAUAUAAAUUAUUAAUUUAAUUUAUUUUAUUAUUUUUUUAUUUUAUUUUUUAUUUUUUUUAUUUUAUUAAUACAUAUAUUUAAUUUUAUGCACGCUCUCUGUAAAGCAAUGUCAAAUCAUAGAUUGUGAUGAUAGUCUUCAACCGUAAAUUAUUUUAAUCAGGGCUUAGGAUUAUAUAUAUAUACCUAUAUUACUAUUUAUUAAAUAUAAUAAUUAUAAUAUAGAUUAUCAACCUAAUAUAAUUGGUUAAGAUUAUUUAGAUGU